GAAGGUGAGGAGACGACGCUGUGUUGUUGUUGUUUACUCUGACACUCUGGGAAGCUGCCGUGUUAUUUAAAUAAGUUUUAUAGACACAGGACAAAUACUUCAUGGAGAAUAAAGAGCUGGCGAGUCUUAAAAGAUCAGCCGAUACAACAGAGGAAGAUGAUCUUAGAAAGGGAAAGAAGAAGAGAGGAAAGGUGGAAGUGGAGGAGGAAGAAGCUGUAACAGAAGUGAAAGAGGAAGUAAAGACGGAGAAACCCGACAAAGAUGAAGAAGUGGCAGAGGCAGAACAAGAUGACCCAACAGUGGGGUUGGACGGUGCAGCAUUCCAGAGUCGCAUGCCAGCAGACAAACUGACCACACUGGAGGGGUCUCUGUUCUCUGACAUAGUGAAGAGUCCGCCUCCCACACACAGGCUGUUUCUCCACAUAAGGAACAGAAUUCUCCAGAUGUGGCUGGAGUCCCCCCUUCAGGAACAAACGUACGAGGGAGUGAUGGCAGACCUUGAGCCUCCAUUUAAUUCCGAGGGCGUCUUGUGUGCCCGUAUCCAUGCUUACCUAGAGCGCCAUGGAUAUAUCAAUUACGGCAUAUUUAAAAGGGUCAAGCCCCUCCCCCAGAAGAAGUACGGGAGCAUCAUCGUCAUAGGUGCUGGGAUUGCUGGUCUGGCUGCUGCUCAACAACUCACUUCCUUUGGUUUUGAAGUUACUGUCUUGGAGUCCAGGGAUCGUGUAGGAGGCAGGAUCGCAACUUUCCGCAAGGGUCCGUACAUAGCCGACCUAGGAGCAAUGGUGGUGACGGGUUUAGGAGGAAACCCCGUCAACGUCUUAUCCAAACAAAUAAACAUGGAAUUAGUUCGAAUAAAACAAAAAUGUCCACUGUAUGAGUCCAAUGGAAACACAACUAAGGUGUUGAAAGACAAGGAUGAAAUGGUUGAGAGAGAGUUUAACCGUCUACUUGAGGCAACCAGCUUCCUGUCUCACCAGCUCGACUUUAAUUAUGUUGACAAUCGACCCAUCAGUCUUGGAGAGGGCCUGGAGUGGGUCAUUAAUCUUCAGGAAAAGAAUGUCAAGGAAAAGCAAGUCACACAUUGGAAGACCGUUGUGAAGCUACAGGAGAAGCUGAAGACUGUCUUAAAUAAGUUACUCACACUCCAUGACAAAGUUGCCUUGCUACACAAGGAACACGGACAGUUGAGUGAAAAAAGAAAUUCACGGAAUAUUACCAAUGAAUUUGUCUACCGUGUCAAACUCCGUGAACUGCAAAAUGCCUGUAAGGAAUGGGAUCAGUUAGUGGAGCAACAGCGGGAGAUAGAGGACAAGCUUCAGGAACUAGAGGCGUCUUCCCCAAGUGACGUGUACCUCUCCUCCCGGGACAGACAGAUCCUCGACUGGCAUUUUGCUAAUCUGGAGUUUGCUAAUGCCACUCCCCUCAGUAACCUCUCUCUCAAACACUGGGACCAAGAUGAUGAUUUUGAAUUUUCAGGCAGUCACUUAACAGUUCGAAAUGGAUACUCCUGUGUACCUGUGGGUUUAAGUGAGGGACUCGAUAUCCGUCUUAAUACUGCUGUCCGGAAAAUUAUGUAUUCCAACUCUGGGGCAGAAGUGACAGUCUCCAAUGCUCGUAACCAUUCUAACCCCGCCACUCUGAAGGCUGAUGCAGUUUUAUGUACGUUACCUCUUGGUGUGCUGAAGCAGUCAGUGUGUGCCAACCAGAAUGCCCCACAUACUGUCACCUUCAACCCACCUCUACCUCAGUGGAAAGUUGAUGCUAUUAACAGACUUGGCUUUGGUAAUCUUAAUAAGGUUGUUUUGUGUUUUGACCGUGUGUUCUGGGACCCAAAUGCUAACUUGUUUGGCCAUGUUGGCUCAACCACAGCCAGCAGAGGUGAACUGUUUCUGUUUUGGAAUUUAUAUCGAGCACCAGUGCUUCUGGCUCUAGUUGCUGGUGAAGCUGCGGCAAUUAUGGAGAACGUGAGCGAUGACGUUAUUGUAGGUCGCUGCAUCGCCGUCCUUAAGGGAAUAUUUGGAAAUUCUGCAGUACCCCAGCCAAAGGAAACUGUUGUGACAAGAUGGAGAGCAGAUCCCUGGUCAAGAGGAUCCUAUUCCUUUGUGUCUACUGGAGCAUCGGGGAACGACUAUGACAUCCUCGCCACUCCCAUCUCUCCUCCACAACCUAAUCAAACUUCCCAGAAUUCUCAGAACUCUAGUGAUCCUCCCAGUCCACCUCCUAGGUUAUUCUUUGGAGGAGAACAUACAAUAAGGAACUAUCCAGCCACUGUCCAUGGAGCCUUCCUCAGUGGGUUGCGUGAAGCUGGUAGAAUUGCUGACCAGUUUUUGGGUUGCCCGUACGCUGCCCCUCCACCUCCCCCAACAAAUGGAACGGCCAACAUUGAAACGUAAAAAGAAAAAGACGAUGAAAAUUGUCUCGAUAAUCUCUUACAUGGAGGAAUAUAUCUGGAGUUUAAGAUAUUGAAGAAUCUGAAGUUCUUAAAUGAUGGAUAUUAGUUAGAUUAGUCUGUGUGUUUAUUGUGUUUUAAACUAAGAUAAUGGUAGUAAGUUGAGGAUAUAAGGUAGAAAAAGUAACAUAUUAUGAAAAGGUAAUAUUUUCCCCUUGACUCAUUCAGAUAUUACAGCUGAAUUUUUUUUGGUACUUUUUUGUAAUUCAUCUCUGAUUUAGUGAAGUUGUUGAAGAGUAGAGAGAAGUUACAAUUAGGUUAAAUAUAGACUAAAAGACAUUAGCUUAAAGAUAGAGAAAUUAUCAAUGGCUGUCUCACCUUGUUUACAUGUCUCGAUGACUUUUAUGCCGUGUUUUCCGACUCUGUAUUAUUUGAUUGGAUGUAUUGUUCAACCUCCAUGGGUCAUUAUACUACCCAUUAAUUCAUAUACUGUAUAUAUUUUUUUUACUCAUACAGUACAUGUUCUUCACACACCUAACUUGAUAUGUUUCUUUUCUAUAUAUAUACUUUCUCUUCUAUUUACCCUUCAUCAGCUUUCAGUACUUGGCUUUAUUAAACAUUUACACAGCAGCCAUCAUCAUUGGAGUUUCAUAUUCCUAGUGUGUCAUUUUUUUAUAUAUUGAGGGGGACUGCAAGUGGAUUUUUGUUUUUUUUUAAUUUUUUAGCCAUUUUAUUCAUAGACGUUUAAAAGAUCAAGAGGUGUUAAACUAUGUUCUACGUGUUUUAUCUUGUCGUGUGGGAGUUAGCAGCAGGGGACGGCAGCCAUCAUCAGUAGAAUUUUCAUGUUUCCUUUGUUGCAUUUUUACACAUGGGGAAAGGGAUGGGUUAAUAUGCUGUACUGUAUAAAAUAUGUGAUGAAGAAUGUAAAAUUAAUUCACCUGUUAAUAAUACUGUAAUACAGUACUGUUUAAUGUAGAGUAAAAGAAAUUGGGGACUAUAUAAGUCGUACACCCUAAAACUUGUGGUGCUAUAGAGGUGUUUGAACAAAUUGUUUAAGCUCAUUAGAGGAAACCACAGUUACCACAAUUCUAUAAAUACAUUAUAUAAAAAAUUUCUAGUUAGAGUACAGUACUGGACUUGCAUUGUUUACUUAGUUCUGUACUGUACUACACAGUAAUUUUGAUAAUCUCUGGAUUUCUGUGUAAAAACAUGUAAAGUAAUUAUUUUAAUUGCUUUGAAAGACAAUUGUAAGAGUAAAAUUACAAUAGUAAAUACUGUAUUUGAUGCAUACUGUAAUUUUUAUUACUAUUGUUUCUAACAUUUUAUACUUGGUUUCAGUCCUGUGUAAAAUGGAACUUUGGGUAAGUUUAUGUAUUUUUGUCAAUAUCAAAUUGGGGACAUACAUAUAAAUCAGCUUAUUAUGUCCUGUACAGUUGGUAGUUAUUCAGUCUUGAUGGUCUGUGUCCUGACAUCAUUUUAUACUUCUUGCUAUGGUUAUGGUUGUUGUCCUCAAGGCUGUGUCUGUACAUUAAUCCUUUUGCUGUGAUUCCAAAUUUAACAUUUUAUUCAGCUUAGGGUAACCUCCUGCAGCCCAAGGGUAAAGCAAAUAAUUUUUUUUUAAGAUGGGUCUUUUCACUUGAGGUUGUAUCUCUUCAGUACUGGACAGUAAUAAUAAUGGACCGAACUAAAGUUAAAAACUUAUGACUGAUGUGUCUGGGGGUUUAUGAGCAAAUGAUGGUGAUCUGUGAGAGAAAAUGGCCACUGUUGGUCACUCAAAAAUCCUGUUUACUAUUUGAAUGAAAGUCUGAAUAUAUGUUAUCAGACAAAAUGAUUAUGAUUUUGAUGGUCUUUUCCAUGACACAUAUCAACAGCAAGAAUAUGGCCCAAUGUAAAGGUUUAUUGUGCUGUGGAUACACAUACAGUACUGUAUACAAUUCUCUUCAGAAACUUAGCACACUUUUUUUAGGUCCAGGUAUAAAGCUUUGUAAGGAAGAUACUGUAAUAACAACUUAAGGGGUUGACCUGGUGAGAGACUCAGAGGUCAGAUAAAGGUUUUCACUUAAAUUUCCCUCAUAUUUUAAUGCAAA